GUUUGCGAGGGUGGCAGCGCUGUGUGUGGACAGGGACCUAGUGUGAGCGGAGGGUUGUCGACUGGCCUGCCUGCCUGCACGCUUCUUGGGGGUAUGGUGCAACUUUUUCCCAAAAAAAGGCGACGGAAUGGCGCAGAUGCUGUGAAAUACUUGGACAUAUGGCUAUAAGGUCCUGCUUGGUUUGUGUUGGGCGCAAACACUCGUAGUGUGUAUGUGUGUUGUUUUUUUUCUGGGCAACGACCAGUCAGGAUGCUGGAGCUCGUCUGAGAGCACCCCGCCGUGGUCUUUCUCUGGAUUUCCCUUCCUUUUUUUUUAAACCAAGUUCUUCUUCGGCGACGAGCGGCCAAUUUCAAACUCAUUUUUUAAAAACCCUUUAAACUUCCCAAAAUGGUGUUCUUCUUCGCUUUGUCCACGGCUCGCAACAAACCCGGGUAACGAAAGGAGGAAAGCUACGUGACAACACCCCGACACGACGACCAGCGUUACUUUCCCUCGAGGCGCAUCUGCCCCGGGAUUUUUGUGAGCAGUUGAUGCAUCUCGGGGUAUCUGAGUCCAUGAGAGAGUGCGAGUACAGCCAAAUAAGCACUCGCAGCUCCACACCAAUGGAGACCCCUUACAAGAAAAGGACCCCAAAGAAGAGGAAGUGGGAGUCCUUCCCAGGUCGGAAUAAAUUUUACUGCGAUGGGAGGAUUAUGAUGGCCAAGCAGACAGGGGUUUUCUACCUCACCCUUGUCCUCAUUCUAGUGACAUGUGGACUUUUCUUCACCUUUGAUUGUCGGUUCCUGGCGCUGCAGUUGACCCCGGCCAUCCCAGUCAUAGGAGGUGUGCUGUUUCUGUUUGUACUGGGAACACUGCUGAGAACCAGCUUCAGUGACCCAGGGGUGUUGCCCAGGGCCAGCCCAGAUGAAGCAGCUGAUCUUGAGAGGCAAAUAGAUGUCGCUAAUGGCAGUACAGGCUACAGGCCUCCUCCCAGGACCAAGGAGGUGGUUAUCAACGGCCAGACAGUCAAACUUAAGUAUUGCUUCACCUGCAAGAUCUUCAGACCGCCACGUGCCUCCCACUGCAGCCUGUGUGACAACUGUGUGGAGCGUUUUGACCACCACUGUCCCUGGGUCGGGAACUGCGUGGGAAGGAGGAACUACCGUUUCUUCUACAUGUUCAUCCUCUCGCUCUCCUUCCUCACCAUCUUCAUCUUCGCCUUUGUCAUCACACACAUCAUUUUACGCUCCCAUCAAAGUGGGUUCCUCAACGCACUUAAGGAUAGUCCUGCCAGUGUGCUGGAGGUGGUGGUGUGUUUCUUCUCUGUCUGGUCCAUAGUGGGUCUCUCAGGCUUCCAUACCUACCUGAUCAGCUCCAACCAGACCACCAACGAAGAUAUAAAAGGUUCGUGGUCUUCUAAAAGAGGGAAGGACAACCACAAUCCCUACAGCUAUGGCAAUAUAUUCACCAACUGCUGUGCAGCACUGUGUGGACCCCUGCCACCGAGUCUGAUUGACAGACGAGGCUUUAUCCAAUCAGACACACCACAGCUGGCGCCACCAACCAAUGGCAUCACUAUGUAUGGGGCCACCCAGUCUCAGCAGAGCCACAUGUGUGACCAAGACCAGUGCAUUCAGAGCACCAAAUUCGUUUUGCAGGCCGCCGCCACCCCUCUCCUCCAGCAGCAGAGCAGCGAGCCAGUCAUCCUGACGGCCUCACCUGAAAACGGAGGCUCUCUACCUGGCCGCACCUCCCUCACUCUGGCCGGGCCGUGCUCCUCUCUCCCCCUCGGCCAGCCCACACCUCCAACGUCCACCCCCAGCCUCAGCUGCCACGAAGCCACCGACAUAAUACCAAUCCACGGGCACAGCCACACACACAACCACAGCCACCCCAUCCAGGAGCCAGUGGCCCACCACCACUUUCUUACCCCUGAGGAAGUGCCCUCACCGCCAGGUAUGCUUCCCUGCGGCAGCCCCCUGGGUCACAGCCACACCAUGCAGGCUGGCUUCUUCAACCCAGCCAGCCAGGACUCACUACACGAGGACUCUGUCAGAGGAUUGGUAAAGCUCAGCUCCGUCUGACAAUGGGAUAUAUGCCCCCUCCUCCCACCACCUCCCUGCUGAUAACAUGCAUCCAAACCCUGAAACUCUCCUGAGCCACUUUUGGGCCACCUUGCUCUGACCCUGAAUUUAUUUCCCUUUCUCUCCUCAGCAGGAGCUGAGAGCUGAAAAAGGCUGUGGUUUGAAUUCAGCUGCUAGAAACUGUGUGGAAUAUAACUGAACCGAAGUGAAACCAGUCGUCCUCAGCCGUCAUCUUGCCAAACUUGCUUUGCUGGAACUGGGAGAGAUGAUGGUUCCUUGUGUGGUGGAGCGCACAACAACUCACACAUAUGCUUCUCUUUCUGGUAACUUCGAGAGAAGUGUAGUCCAUGAGCUCCUGGAGACCAGAGAGUUUGUUUUUUCAAAGUGGCAUACGUCUGUGGGCCAUUUCAAGCCAAAAAAAAAAAAAAUACAUGUUCUGACAGUACAUGACAUUUUUGGUCAAAAGGCUGAAUUUCUGUCAGUGGAUCACAGGUCUGACAGGUUUUUUGUAAAACAAACUUUAGCCUAUUUGCCUGUUGCUGAUUGGACUGUGUCUCUUGCCUUUUUUUUUUUCUCAGACAUUCUCAGCAGUACAAUGGUUGAUGUCAUCUUGUUGCAUAUCAUCCUGCUUUUUCUAUGUUAAAAAAAAAAAGAGGAAGAAAGAAAAUGAGAGACUGUCGUACUGUUCCAUCGUUAUUACAACUCUUACAAAUUAUUAUAUUUCCUGUGGAUAUUAAUAAAACACCAACUUUUAUCAGA